AUGAAAGAAUACGGUAGUUCUGCAAAUACAUAUACUUAUUGUAAUAAUAUUAGUAGUAGUGGUAGUAAUAAUAGUUGUAGUAGCAAUGAUAAUCUUAUUUUCAACAGUCAAGCUGAUACUGCUAGAAUUUUCAAAGUUGUCUUUUCAUCAACUAAUCGAUUAUAUGCUGUUGGUGCUAUGGGUGGAAUUGGUGCUUGGCAAUUAUCAUUUCCAACUGAGAAUAAUAACAUUACUCCUACAACAAUUACUUCAAAUACUUCACUUCCAUCAAAUUCAUUGAAUUCUAAUAAUAAUGACAACAGUACUCGUAACGAUCAUAUCAAUUUAUCAAAUCAUCCACGUAGAUAUAUAUCCACAGUGGUAAGAUCAUCGACAAAUAAUCCUAUUAAUAAUUCUUCAACAACUCGGCGAUUUCGACGUUUACCUUGUCCACCACGUUUAUCAUUACCAAUGAAUUCAUCGGUUAAUUGUGCUGAUUUAUUGGUUAAUCUAUCAUCACCGCAUGCACAUCUUGCAUUGGCUGGAAUUCGUGGUCAAUCAAGUAUUUCAUUACAUCGUAUUCAAGAUGGUAGUUUACAUUCUUCUAUCAAAAAUUUUAAUAUUACUAACAAUAAUAAUUUUAGUCGUGAACAAUUUGGAACUCCCACUUGUUGCGCUUUUCAUCCAAACGAGCCAUUAAUUGCAGCCGGUUUCCAUGAUCAAUCACUUGUUCUUUUAAAUGUUCAAAAUAAAUCUAUAAACAAAGAAGUAUAA